AUGCCGCCGAUCAACGACGGUGCCUCUGCACCAGCGACGCAGCGGAGAAUCAGCCUUGCCCGCUACUGGUCUUGUCCUACGGCCCUCCUGGCCUUCACUGGCCUCGUCGCCUGCGCCCAGGCCGGUGACAACACCGACGUGUCCCCUGCUCGGGGCGACGGCCGGACCCAUCUCACCCUGCCCACCUUCUCAGACUCGGCCACUCCUCCCGGCAGCGUCACCCUGGCCCAGGCUCCCUGGUCCUCCCACUGGUCUCCCCCCGCUUCUGGCACUGACGGUGGUACUGCUGCCGGGACAGGCGCUUCCAGCGGCACCCAGACCGGCACUGGGUCGUCUUCCACCGCUAGCCCGACCGGCUCGGGCUCUUCAAGUGGCGUCAGCAGCUCACCAGCUCGGGCUCGGGCUCAGGCUCCUCAACCCGCCGUCGUCGACGACUACCCGUUCCUCCACCUCGUCUGCCUCUCACCCAGCGAUACGUCGUCCACCACAAGUGACGGAUCCUCGCGCACCUCGUCCGGAACCGGUUCUCCCUCGGCCAGUCCGAGCGGCAGCGCCGCUGCCCGGCUUUUUGUCGAUAAGAACUGGGCUCGCUGGAUGCUCUUAUAUUUGCCGGGUGUCGGUCUGGCUCUGUAA